CACACUAACCAGAGAUGAAAAAGAGGAGGGGCUUCUGCGCGUAAUGUGGAAGUGGCGGUUGUUUCAGUAUGGCGUCUGUUGCUGAGGGCGCAAACGGCAAUGGAUUUUACUGGAUUCAUGACAAGUCAGAUGAAGAGCAGCCAAUGGGUUUUGUUUCAGGGAUGAGCAAGAAUGCCGGUCUGAAGGUUGGGUCUGCAAAUAAUACAGAGGGAAAGAUAAAAAGAAGAGCUAGCAGCAUGGAUAAAAGUAGGAAAAAAACAGGAUUGCAUUCAGCAGUGCAAAGUGCUGAGAUGAUGAUAGGUAAAGCUUUAGAUCAGAAGGUGCCUUCUGUUAUAUCCAAAUCCAAAAUCACUACACCUGCACCAGAACCGGAUCUGCCUUCUCUCACUUUAUCUCAGCCUCUCUUCAGCGCUGCUCAAGCCAAAAGUAAGCCAUCAUUGAAGGAUCUCUGCCCAGAGGACAAGCGUCGGAUUGCCAAACUCAUCGAGGAGCUGGCCAGAGUUAGUGAGGAAAAAGAGGAGUCUGUACAGAAACUCAGGGAUGAACAGGAGACUUUUGAGAAAAAAAUCCAACAGCUAGAGCAACAAAACCAACUCAUCAUACAAGAGAGAGAAAGCCUGCAGCAGCAGUACCGAGAGUGUCAGGAACUGCUGGGACUCUAUCAGCAAUACCUCUCCCAACAGCAAGAAAAACUCAACAAGUCUAUCACCCUGCUCAAUCAGUCCUGCUCCCAUAGCAAGUUUAGACCGGGCACCCUGUGCACCCUCCAUCUUAAGGAAAAGGGAAAUGAGCUUGUCCUCUCUGAAACCUUGGCUAUUCCUAGUAGCGAGGGGGUGGCCAGGAGGUCUUGGGGUGAAAGAGGAUCUGCUUUAGAUGGAUCUUACUUGGACCUCCCUUCAUCAGGAAGCAAAACUGAUAGACGUGGGUCAGUAGAGUGCACUCAUUCGUUUUCAGCUGGACUGGUCAGUGCACCCUCCAGCAGAGACCAGAAUGGUGAAAUCCAUGACAGGCACACCAAUCACAAUUCUGAAGCUGGACGUAGUGAUCUCAGGGAAAGGGAACCCUCAGCCUGUGAUGCCCUGAGGCUGCAUGGUGCCUCUGAACCCAAGUGCUCUCAUCAGUGCCACAGAAUGGAAAAUGAUGGCAUGUGCGGUGCUAAUCAAACUGGAAUAGCACCACUGUCUGGUCGGGAGAACUGGGAAGAGAAACGACAAUGUUUGCUCCUGCAGAAGAAACAGCUGGAGAUGGAGAGGGAGAGAAUUCAAGCUCGAUUGGCUCAACAGGAAGAGAAACUUUUGCUCCAGAACAAGCAACUCCGCCAGUCAUACCUUCAGUACAGCAAGCUUCAGCAAGCUACCACAACUGACUUUGAGAGACCUCUAAAUGGAGACAGCAGUUUAAAUGAGGGUCAACAAUCCAGUUUUGUAAUGGAUCGGUGGACACACAGAAGUGAAAUAAAAGAAGAGUCACACACUUUGCCAGGAAAUGUUCGACCUUCGUUAAGUAAAAUACAGUCACAGCAACACACAUCAAGUGUUGAACAGUCUGCAUCCAAGAUUUCACAAGAUAUCUCCAUUAACAAGAAGGAUAUGGCCACCUCUCCUGUGGUUCCACAAUGCUUCCGGACAUCUGCUCUUCCCAAAAUUACUCCUCUUGGCCUUCCUAGCACUCCAAAGUCUUCGAGGUUGGACGACUCUUUGAUUGAGCUGUUGGACAUUAUCAGCCCUGUAUCCAACCCAGAAAGGAACCGAAUCAACCCCUCAUCCCGGAGGAGUUUCGUCGCACCUCAGUCCUUUCAGAAGACUCUUCUCUCUCCUUUUGGCCCCAAUCGGUCCUCUCUGCAAGACCUGGAGGAGAGUGAGAUCUUAGAAGACAUCUUUUUCAUCUGUUGAAGGGUUAUAAUGGCCUCACAGAUUGAUUGUAGGAAUAACUGAAUUUGAAUGAUCAUUGAUUAUUAUUGUGCUCUUAAUUCUGCCUUUUAAAUCUCUUUUUAGUGUCUUGACAUAAUUAUGGUCUUUUUUUGUGUGCUAUUGACGUAUUCAAGGUUUAUUUUUGCCUUAAUAAAAUGUGUUGAUUAAUAAA